AUUUUCGGGAACCAUCAUGCGGCAAUCAUGAUCAAUCGAUAACCGUGGUUUUCUUCGGCUACGAGUCUGUCCUUGCAGGUCCUUGCAAUUUCACUCGUUUUGUACAUCGAUGGUAGAAACACUUGCUUAUCCAGUCCGUCGGUGAGAACCGAUUUUGCUGCCAUAGAAUUCCGGAUAAUACUGGAAAACGAUGGUUCUCCGUGUUUGUUUGACAGCAUGUCUGGUGAUCGUCGCAACGAGCAGUCAGCGGGCGGUACCGCCUUCGCUCCUGAUGGUGCCAAAUAACUGUACAACCGAAGAGCAGACAGCGGCUCAACAAUGCCCACACUCCAUCGACACUCUGUUACUGAAGAACAGUGACAUGGUGCAAAAGCUGGAAACUGUCUUCGGGGGAAAACCCAGAGGGAAUCCCAAUGCGACCACCAUGUCUCGUGUCGUUGAAUUUUUGUGCGGUCCGGUGACUACCGCGAUUUCCUGUAUCGAACGGCUGCCGCGUCCAUGCUUUUUCCACCCGGAUUUGCCAACAUCCAUGCGCUGGAUUCUGUUUAACUCCCGCAUCGCAAUCAAUGUCAGCGACAUUUUCCGUCGAAUGUGUGGUGUGCCGGAUCUCGACCAGCAUUUAAUCCGGAUUGGUGAAUGCACACCAGCACUGAACAACCUGACGAUUGUUCAAAGCGGUGGCAUACGGGAGGAAAUUUCUCGUGCAGCCGGACCGCCACCCCAACUCACAGCCCCGUACAUGGAUUUUGAUUGGGAGUGCCGAGCGAUCCGCCGUCAUAUGGAAAUCAUGAACCGGGAUCUGGUCACGUCGACGUGCGGCGAGGAUGCCGGUGCGACGUAUACCACGGUAUUUUAUCCGCUGGCGCGAGACAUCUUUCUCUGUUCAGAAUAAUUAAAGCUCAGCAGAGGGAAGCCGUCGUCUAAGUGCUUCAUCAACCAGUUACGGAGAGUUUCUUUUGACCGAGCGGUUUGCACUUUGCAGUAGUGGCGGUAGCAUUUUGGGCAGGGGGUAAAACGUGGCAGUGGCACCUGCCAGUGGCACUGCCAAUGGCAUGGCAAGCGAUAAAACCUGGCAGAUGCCACAUAAAAUGUGACACCACGUACGGGAAGCUCGUUCGAAAUGGCUGGUCAACUCUGUAAUUUUUGAAAAUUUUGCCCAGCACACAAAUAAAUUUAUCGUGUACAGCGCACUGAUCAUGCACGAAAUGUGUAUGGGCCGAAACAUAAAUUUCCAGCGAUCACACUGCAUGCGGCGUUUGCACAAAGCGCCGCAAUAAAAAGAAUGACAAGACACGUUAAAAACCCCUUCCCAACGUGUCCUAAAUAAUCGUUAUAUGAAUACGUAGUAAUUAUCUUUGCCAGGAUUUCGGCCCCUGUUCUUCCCGGCCAGCGAACUCAGCUUCUAAUCACUCGAGUUUACUGAUUUAAAGUGCAGCAGAACCUUCAGAAUGCAGGGAGUGUCCCUGGGCUGUUCGCGCUUUGUCAACUUUAUUUUGUUACGCCCAGUGGUCACUCAAACACUUGUUACCAUGGAUGCUAUAGGGCUAACAUGUGCUGCUUAGCAGCAAAGAGAGCUUCUUGCUAGUGGAAUCAGCUUACCGGCCAUGAGAAUCGACCAACUGAAUAAAAAAUAGAAUUAAUAAUUCGAUUAAAAAAAUUAAUUUCCAGCGUGGAAAAAAUAAUUUC